AUGACCGGCCCCCGGCCACCGGCCCCGGGCAGGAGCCGGCCGCACGCCACGGCCGGCCCCGGCAACCCCGGCAACCCCGGCAACCCCGGCAGCCGCACGCCCCUGGCCUGGCUGCUGGCCGGCCUGGCCCUGCUGGCCGCGGCGGCCACCACGCGCGCCGCCCUGCUGCCCACCCCGGCCAGCCUGGAAUACCACCUGCUGCACGCCCUGCCCGAGGCCACCGGCCAGUCUAUCAACUACCGGCAGAACAUCCACUUCUGCGACUUCUUCAACCAGGACACCCUGUCGCCCGGGGCGCCGGACGGCCUGGACGACUUGGUCUUCUACGACUCGCACUACGUCUUCGAGGCGUCCCCCGACGACCGGGCCUCCGGGGAUGCCCCCACCCCGGGCACCCGGCGCCCGGUGCACUUUGCCCACGCCGGCGUUCAGACCUUCCACUGCGCCUCGAAGGUGCCCUUCCCCCUGGCCCCGUUGACCUACCUGGACACGUACUACAGCCCGGCGUUUGGCCACAUCCAGGAGAUCUUCCACUCCGCCGUCCAAGACAUCAUGUACCAGUCCAACGGGCUGUUCGCCUCAGAGUACAGCCUGGGCAGCAUCGUGCCGCCGGUCCUGAUCACCGCCUAUCCCAUGGGCCCGGGCCAGCCCCGCUCCGGCUUGCUGUCCCUCUUGAGGACGCACGCUCUCUUCGGCCGGGUCGUCCACUUGAGCAGCAACGCCGACGCCCAACCGCAUGUUGUGACCUUUCAGCUGGGCAACUUCCUGGAUGUCACCAGCAUGGCAUCCGUGGACCUGGACAAUGACGGCCUGCCAGAGGCCCUGGUCGCCGGCAAGCUGCAGGGCAUGCCGGCGGACGUCUACGUCUUGACCCACCUGAGCCGCUUCCUGGACCCGACCCUGUCCGGUGGGGCGCGCUACCUGCCGCGGGGCCUUCUCCAGCUGCCGGCCGGCUUCAUCCCGGGCAACAUCAUCCUCGGCGACUUCGAUGGGGAUGGCCAUGCCUCGGACAUUGCCCUCGUCUCGGACCACGGGUCCACCACCAGCCCGAUGGCCCGAGAUCAAAUCGUCCCCCAGGAGGUCCCCGCCUCGGGAGAGCCGCGCUGA